AUGCUCCUCGCGCCGUCAGCGAUCAGCUUCGCGCCACGGCCGCCGGUGGCCGCGAGGCUCCCAGCCGGCGCCGCGCUGCCAAAGCUCAUCGUUUUCGAUCUCGACAACACUCUCUGGACGCCAGAGCUGUACCAGGUGGCGAGGAGGGUCAAGGCAGCACCUGUCGCCGGCCGGGACGUCAAGCUCUUCCCUGCCGCGGCGGCGGCGCUGCACGAGAUUGACACGUGCGAUCGUUGGGAGGGAACGCAGAUCGCGGUGGCCUCGCGCACAAACCAGGGAGACUGGGCGCGGACUUUACUCGACGCGUUUGAAGUGCCGGGCGACCCCAGCGGGUCGAUCACGCUGCCCUGCUUCUCGAUGAAUAUGCCCUUCGCGGGACUGGUCGCUCAUGGGCGCAAGACGCUCGAGACGCGCAACGGCACGAUGUUUGAGCGCGCGACCGGCCCGCGCGUCUAG